UCUAGUGACAGAACCAACGAGUUAACCUCACGCGCCUAAUUGUCGUCAUCAAGUGCCCUGGUGUUAAACCCUAACUAAACCCCAUGGACCUUUGAAACCGUUUAAUACCUCAGGUCAUCAAUCAAUGCAUUCAUCACUGAAAUCGAAUCCAAGCUCUCGUCUUUUCCUCAACCCAUCUAAAUCAACGCCAACCCGAUACCCAAUCUUCACUUUCCCCAGAAAAUCCUCACCCAACAAGUCUCUGAGAACCUCCAUCGAUGUCCAGCAAGAAGAAGUUUCCAAAGAGGUCGCGCCCAGUAACGUAGCUCGUCGGCUCCCGAUUGUAAUCAAAACCUCCGGCAGAGUUUCUAGGUACUUCCUCAAAGGAGACUCCUUUCAGCUCGUUUGCCUUGAUGAUGAUACGACGUCGUUUUCACACGUCAGGUUCUUGAAACUGAUUAAACUUUCAUCUUCCGCUGCAAAAGACUUCUUUAUACCGAAACAAGUCAGUGAUAGUUAUAUAAGUUAUGUCAAAUGGAAGUUCUUGCACCGAGUUUUCAGCUCUGCCCUUCAGGUUCUUGCCACUCAGGCUAUGUUUAGAGCCAUAGGGAUUGGACAGUCUCGGUCACUUGCUUCAUCUGCUGCUUUUAAUUGGAUUCUCAAAGAUGGGCUUGGACGGUUAUGUAGAUGUAUCUACACCGCAAGUCUUGCCUCUGCUUUUGACACUAAUCUCAAGAGAGUUUGGUUCUCGACGUCUCUACUCUUCAGUCUGAGCAUUGGAGUUGAGUUAAUGACUCCACUUUUCCCACGCUACUUCCUUCUCCUAGCUUCCAUCGCCAACAUUGCUAAACAAAUUAGCCUCUCCUGCUACUUAGCAACCGGUUCAGCUGUGCAUAGAAGCUUUGCUGUAGCGGAUAACCUCGGUGAAGUCUCUGCAAAGGCACAGAUUCAAACUGUGUGUUUUGAUAACCUUGGCCUCCUACUUGCGGUUCUUCUAAACAUGCUAUUCCAAAAAAACCAAAGACUGCAGGCAAGUCUACCUUUUGUUCUGUAUCCGAUUUUCUCCACAAUUGAUCUCCUUGGCAUCUAUCAAGGGCUCAAGCAUAUCAAUCUGCAAACGUUAACCAAGAAUAGGCUUGAAAUAAUUUUGGAAAGAUGGAUUCAAUCUCGUCAAGUGCCUUCCCCUGCUGAAGUGAGCAAAGAGGAAGGAGUUGAUCUUUUAGGGAGCAGAGCUAGCAAAAGGGUUUGGCCCAUCAGAAUAGGAUGCUUAGAUCCAAAGGCCCAGAUUCCUAAGCUAUCAAUGAUGGUGAUGCAAUCACUCCGCAAUGAUGAUGGUUACUUCAUAACUUUGGAGCUUUCCUCUCAUGGUUUCAGAAGAACACCAAGACCGAGGAUCGUUAUCUGUCUGCGUGAAGGAGCCAACAGUUUAGAGGUUAUCACCAGUUUGUUACAGACAUGUUACAUACGUAAAGCCUUUGUUACCAAUAGAUUCAAGAGAACGGACAACCUGACGCUACAAGAUUGGUCUUUACUCGCAGGAGAGAGCAAGUUAGCUGCACGAGAUGACUUUACCGAACUGUAUAAACAAAUGCAAGAACAAGGUUGGAUUGUGAAGAACGUCUUGCUGAGUGCUGAAGAGCAGGUUCGAUACAUUUUCGACCAACACCAAUCACUCGCAUUGUAAAACUGUUUUACAAAGAGAUUUGUCUGUAAAUUUUAUGCUUGUUAAA